GUUAUUUUUCAAAUUUAAACAUUUAAAGAUGUAUCUUUUUAAUAAGAACGGGAGUAAAUAUUUUUUUGGAAUUUUACGCAAAUUAAUAAUUCACUAAAUAAUUUCUAUAUUUUUAGUUAUCGCGAUAAUACGAUAUAAUCGUGAAUUGUCGAAAUUAAAUUAUGCAUUUAGAAAAAAAUAUCCCUAGAAAUGAAAGAAGCCAAAAAUAUUAAACUCUUUAAAAGCAAUUUAUUGCACAACAUAAAUAUUUUCUACGAAAACACUACUCCUUGCCUCGUACGCCUCAAUAUUACGAAAAUUCUAGAAAAGCCAUUGUGUAUCAAUGCCAAUGAUGACACAAUGCCAGAAGUUUCACGUGAUGCUUUACGUAUAUAGUUUAUUAAUGAUAAUCACCCAGAUAACUUUUACGUUUAUCUAUUGACGUAACCUACGUCAGCUUAUCAAGCUCAAUCAUCUCCCCAGUCGAGUUACUUAUAUCAGUAGUCUAUUGUGAAUCACACAGCUAACAUCGUACUCUACUAAACUACUCUAUCAAUGUUCUUCGCAAAUAACAUUAAAUACUAUCUAUCGUAGUGUUUUGAUUAAUUUAAUGAAAAUGACGAGCGAACGAAAGAAAACUUUGCUGUUUUUGUUUAUAUUUUCUUUAGUCUCCCUAGUCCAUUCAUAUAGAAUAUUAGGUGUAUUUCCACUUAAUGCUAAAAGCCAUUUCAUAGUAAUUGAGGCAGUGAUGAAAGGUCUAGCAAAGCGUGGCCAUCAGGUUGAUGUUAUAUCGCAUUUUCCACAAAAAAAGCCUUUGAAAAACUACAUUGAUAUUAUAAACUUGGAAGGGACAAUGGAAACGUUGGUGAAUAAUUUUACAUUAAAUUUCAUACUUCAAACAAAAGAUGACGAUACUCGUUUUAUUGCUGAAGAGUACGGCAAUCGUUUAUGCCAUUUUAUGGGUUUUGAGGAAAUGCAAAAAUUGAUAAAGAAUCCACCUGAAGAUCCCCCUUACGAUCUUGUUAUUACUGAGGCAUUUGGUGCUCAUUGUUACAUGGGACUUGGAUAUGUUUUUAAAGUGCCUGUAAUAGCCAUAUCAUCUGCAAUAGAAUAUCCGUGGGUUAGUUAUUUUAUUGGAAAUGACGACAACUUAGCUUACGUUCCUAAUGCCUUACAUAUUGGUGCUGGUCAAAUGAAUUUUUACGAACGAUUGAAAAAUGUCUUUUUGAAUUACAUUGAAAUGAAAAAAUUUCACAAAGUCACAGAAAUAAGUCAAACGGAAUCUAUGCGCAAAUACUUGAGCCCUGAUAUUCCUAAUAUUCGAGAGAUAGAAAAAAAUGUAGCUUUAACUUUGGUAAAUAGUAAUUUUGUAUUAUCGGGAAUUAAGCCAACAACGCCUGCUUUAGUUCAAGUAGCAGGCAUUCAUAUCAAUGCGGAAGAUCAAAUUUUAUCAGCAAAUCUUAAAAAGUGGAUGGAUGAAAGCGUUCACGGAGUUAUAUAUUUCUCAUUUGGAUCAAUGGUAUUGAUAGAAAGUUUUCCACAAAACCAAGUGAAAGACUUUUAUGCUUGUUUUACAAAAAUCGCACCGAUUAGAGUUUUAAUGAAAAUUGCAAAUGACACAAAUUUGCCUAAAGCUUUGCCUUCAAAUGUUAAGACCUUGUCAUGGAUUCCUCAACAAGCAAUUCUUGCUCAUCCGAAUACAAAAAUAUUUAUCACUCAUGGUGGACUUGGUGGAGUGCAAGAGGCUCUUUAUUUUGGUAUUCCGAUGAUAGGAAUUCCACUUUUUGGUGAUCAAUUUCGGAAUGUAGAAGUAUUUGUAGCAAAACAGACUAUGUUAAAAAUUGACCGCGAACAGAUAUCCAAGAAAACCUUGGGCUCGGCUAUUGAUGCACUAAUUCAUAAUUCUAUUUAUAAGGACAAAGUAAAGUACUAUUCCAAGUUAUUUCGAGAUCAACCUAUGAGUCCUAUGGAAACUGCAAUAUAUUGGAUAGAGUAUAUUAUUCGAAACGGAGAUAAAGUACUGAGAUCUCCAGCUCUUGAGCUUUCAUUCAUUCAAUUAUCCCAACUUGAUAUUUAUGGAUUUUUAUUAAUCGUUACCAUCAGUAUUCUAUCUAUGUUGAUUAUGUGCGUUAAGUUCCUAAUUAACAUAUUUAAAAAUAAAUUUAUUUCAACAGCUAAAACUAAGAAAAUUCUAACUAAAAAAACCGAAUAAUGUCAAUUACUGAGUAAAUAAAAUAGCCAAAUUAUAUCA